GGGGAGGGCUCUCCUUCCCGGUUGAUAAUAUUUUCCUUCAGGAUCCUGAUACGUGGCUGUUUUUGGGAGAGACGUGGUGACUUCCACACUCUUCCGUGGGUUGCGGGCUGUUAGCGGAUCCGUGUCCCCGUCCACUCAGCGGCUGAGUCUGGACCCACUCAGCGGCCAAGCCUUCUCCCAACACACUGGCCUGGAUGGCAGGGACACACUGGAGCAAAGACAGCCGAAACACCAAGCAUUACUGGUUGCAAGUGCUUUUUGGACCGUGGGACGGAUGAAAGGUGGAAGCUGUAUGAAGCCCAGCUGGGCUGUAGCUGUUCUGUGUAUCACUGUUACCCUGCUGAUGGUGUCCUUGAGGGGUGCAUCAAGCAGCCAGAAGAUGACACAAACAGCUAUGUCUCAAGCUACCGCCACUGCUGCAGGACCGGGCUCCAGCCUGACCGAGAACCUCCUGGGCCUUCAGGCGAUAGCAGACUUCUUAGCCAGUGAACAUGCUCACGUUUGGCUCUUGUCACUGGUGGGCUCAGUGGCAGUAGGCCUCAGUGGGAUUUUUCCUCUGCUUGUGAUUCCCAUUGAAGCUGGAGCUGCCCUCAAAACAGAAGCUGGAUGUCAGAAACUGAAGCAGCUUUUGAGCUUUGCUAUUGGGGGCCUCCUGGGUGACGUUUUCCUUCACCUCCUUCCUGAGGCGUGGGCAUUGUCUGGCUCCUCAGCUGAUAAACAAAACCACUACACAACCCAGGGCUUGUGGGUAAUUGUUGGCCUGCUGGCCUUCUUACUCUUGGAAAAGAUGUUUCCAGACCAAGACAGCCAUGAAGAUGCCACAGCACAUUCAGACCUGAACAGUAACUCUGCUUCUAAUGCAGUUUUCAGUGGAAAGGCAGCGAUUUCACUUGGAAAUGGGCACCAUGCUGAGUCAUGGAAAUCCUCCAAGCAACAGAGCAUGGGAAAAUCAGAGAAAAUCAAGACAAGCGGAUACCUAAACCUACUAGCCAACUGCAUAGACAACUUCACUCAUGGACUGGCAGUAGCAGGGAGUUUCCUGGUUAGCAAAAAGGUCGGGUUCCUCACCACCUUUGCCAUUCUUCUGCAUGAAAUCCCUCAUGAGGUGGGAGACUUCGCCAUUUUGCUAAGGGCUGGCUUCGACCGUUGGAGUGCGGCUCGCAUGCAGCUGUCCACAGCGCUGGUUGGGGUGUUGGGAGCUUGUUUUGCUCUGUAUGCACAGUCGCCAAAAGGCACAGAAAACGCCACCGCUUGGAUUUUGCCUUUCACCUCUGGAGGGUUUCUCUACAUAGCUUUGGUGAACGUGGUGCCUGACCUGCUAGAGGAGUCCAGUUUAAGACACUCCUUGCUUCAGAUCUUGCUCAUAUUCUGUGGUGUGGCGGUCAUGGCUCUACUGUCUUUAAUUGUGGAUUGAACAUGGAGGAAACCCCCCUCUUGCCUUACCAAAAACACACUAAAACUCACCACAACACCACCCUUUUAUUGGAUACCUGUAUCUGUAAUAACUGACCGCAGAAUGGCACUUUAUAGAUGGAUGAAUGAAGAGAAGACCUACUUUAUCUGUUGAAUGGACCUUUGUGUGGACACUUAAUAACGUGCCAGACUGAACAGCAAGGGAAAUAAGAGGGUUUGUAUGGACAUCUGUUACCAAAUUGUCUUACCACCAAUUGUUAACCUGACAAUCAAGUUAUUUUGCACAUAACACGCUACGUACAUGCGACGUACCCGCUCAAUACAGCAGGUAUCAACGAUCUCCUCACGACCUCCCUCUUCAAAACGUAUUGGACCUAUACAUUCUUUAAAACUGUGUCUUGUUACUGUUGUGUGUCUUCUGUUUUCUGAUGUAGCUGCUGUGUAUUUAUUGAAAAUAAGUCAAACAUAGAGUCAUAUCAUAUAAGGUCCCCUCUUUCAUAUUGUUUCUGUCAUGUUAACAAAAUAAGGGUCAAGAAGUCAGGACAGUCUGUCAUGUUUACACCAAAGUACACUCCUCUGGUUUUAUGCCCCACAUUCAGUUACAUCACAAAUACUCACUGCACCUUUUUAAGCACAAGCCGGUGUCUGUAAAACACUCUGCUUGAAUUAAUGGAUGUGAUAAAGUUAAUUUACAAAAAGAAAGAUGGUUACUAUUUGUUAAUGUUAUAUUUUGAUCUAUAUUUUAUCAUUUUUUAACGCUAGCCAAAUAAAACAACAAAUUCAGUGUUAA